AUGACCUCUUCACCCAAGAUCCUCAAUGUGGGUGUUGUUGGCAUCGGACGUAUGGGGCAGAAGCAUGCCCUCAAUAUUCUGAACCUAGUCCCGCGAGCCAGACUUCUAUGCGCCUGCUCUCCUGCUCAAGCUGAUCUCGACUGGGCCGAACAGCAUCUUCAGCCGCAUGGUGUCAAGACUUAUCCCACUUUCGAAGAGAUGAUGGAGACGCCAGGGCUUGAGGCUGUCAUCAUCUCCUCUAUUACCGAGCUACAUUUCUCACAGACACUGGCUGCGUUCGAUAAGGGGAUUCAUGUUCUAUGCGAGAAACCUAUCUGCAAGUCUAUCUCAGAGCUUGAGACCCUCUGCGAGCAUGUGGAAGCAAAGCCAGAGACUAAAGCCAUGGUCGCGUUCGCCCGCCGUUUUGACGACAGCUACCAGGAUGCGCACGACAAAGUCAAAUCAGGUGCCAUUGGCAAGCCGUUCGUUUUCAGAUCUCAUGGCUGUGAGAAGCUUGACCAGAGUCCGUUCUUUCAUCAGUACCUCAGGGACUCUGGUGGCAUCUACUUUGACUGCGCCAUUCACGAAAUUGACCUGUCACUAAUGUUCUUGGGCGAGGGUUCCGUCCCCAAAUCUGUCUCUGCCAUUGGAACAACCUCCUUCUUCCCAGAUCUUGAAAAGACUGGCGAUGCGGACAACGCGAUCGGGGUGUGCGAGUUCUGGGACGGAAAGAUGGCUCACUUCUACCACUCGAGAAGCUCAUCGCACGGUUAUGACAGCGUCACUGAGAUAUUCGGUACGACAGGCAAAUUGACAGUCAAUGCUAUGCCGCGAAAGAAUCGAGUAGAGAUUUGCGACACUGAUGGCUAUGUCAAGAUUGAACCGACGAGCUCUUGGUACGAUAGAUUCAUCUCGGCAUUCGUUGUGGAAGCGAAUGCGUUCGUUGAUGCUAUUUUGGACGACAAGCCACUGCCAAUCCCACUCAGAUCGGCUCUUACGUCACUGAGGAUCGCCUCAGGCCUACAGGAAAGCUUGAGGACUGGUCAGAAGCUCUUCUUUGACCGACAAGGUCAGUUGACGGGCCCGAAUGCAAGUGCCCAGCUGUAG